AUGAACAGCGAUUUCCAAAAAUUCACAAGACAGCUACAAAAACAAAUGCAACAAACAGGUGGUCGCCGUGGUGGCGUUCCACCAAUGCCUAAGAAUGGUAUUGGUGCUAUUUUUGGUCUAGUAACCUUAGUUGGUGGUGCUUUAUUAGUUAAUUCCAGUUUAUUCAAUGUUGAUGGUGGUCACAGAGCAAUUAUGUAUUCUAGAAUACAUGGUAUUGAGCCAAAAAUUUAUCCAGAAGGCACUCAUUUUGCCAUUCCAUGGUUAGAAACACCUAUCAUUUAUGAUGUUCGUGCAAAACCACGUAAUGUUGCCUCUUUAACUGGUACUAAAGAUUUACAAAUGGUUAAUAUUACUUGCAGAGUUUUGAGUAGACCAGAGCUUACCAUAUUACCACAAAUUUACCGUACUCUAGGCACUGAUUAUGAUGAGAGAGUUUUACCUUCUAUUGUUAACGAAGUUUUAAAAUCUGUUGUUGCCCAAUUUAAUGCUUCCCAAUUAAUUACACAAAGAGAAAGUGUUUCAAGAUUAAUUCGUGAAAAUUUAUUGCGUCGUGCUUCUAAAUUUGGUAUUAAAUUAGAUGAUGUUUCUAUUACCUAUAUGACAUUUUCUCCGGAAUUUACACAGGCUGUAGAAGCCAAACAAAUUGCUCAACAAGAUGCUCAAAGAGCUGCUUUUGUUGUUGAUAAAGCCAAACAAGAAAAACAAGGAUUAGUGGUUAGAGCCCAAGGUGAAGCCAAAUCUGCAGAAUUAAUCGGGGAGGCUAUUAAGAAAAGUAGAGAUUAUGUGGAGUUGAAGAGAUUGGACACUGCCAAAGACAUUGCUAACAUAUUGGCUAAGAGUCCAAAUAGAGUUGUUUUGGAUAAUGAAGCUUUGUUAUUGAACACAAUUGUCGAUUCUAGAAAAUAA